AGAAAUAGUCCAGUGACGGCAAAGCAGAAGAGAAAAGAUUUGCGAUUGUGAUUUCUUAUGCAUAUUUCUGUGCGAUUGAGAUCAAUAUAUGUUGUGUGUUGGGUGUAAAACUUAUACUUAUACAUACAGAGAAGCUGGGGGGAAUUGAAUCCGGCUGGUCGGUUGUGGCGGUGGAUCUAAGCAGUUGGUGGAAGCCGGGAAGGAUGCGAGGAAGAAGAUGUGGAAGGAAAUCAGGGACAGAGAAUCAGGGAAACUUCGACCUAAUUCGUACAGCAACCGAGUUAAGUUGAACCGACUCGCUGCUAUUCAGCUCUCCAAUCACAAAGAGAUCGUCUCCCCUCACCGCGGCCCCGUUAACUCUCUUCAGGUUGAUUUGACAGAGCAAAGGUAUUUACUAUCCUGUGCUUCGGAUGCAUCAGUUGCUGUUUAUGAUGUCCAACGUGCAACAGGUCAUGAGGGAGGUGGAUUGAUCGCUAAGCAUAAGCCCCUUUUUGUUGUUGACAAACGACAUGAACAGGGCCACAAAUAUGCCGUUUCUACAGCCAUAUGGUAUCCAGUUGACACUGGCCUGUUUGUCACUGGUUCAUAUGACCAUCGCGUUAAUGUAUGGGACACAAACACAACACAGGUGGUUGUUAAUUUUAAAAUGCCUGGAAAGGUUAAUAAGACUGCCAUGUCUUCUCUGGCAACAUCUCAUAUGCUAAUUGCUGCUGGAACUGAAGAUGUACAAGUUCGGCUUUGUGAUAUAGCUUCAGGGGCCUUUGCUCACACUUUGUCUGGUCAUCGUGAUGGAGUGAUGUCAAUGGAAUGGUCUUCUUCUAGUGAGUGGGUUCUCAUGACUGGGGGAUGUGAUGGUGCAAUUCGUUUUUGGGACAUUAGGCGAGCAGGAUGCUUUCGUGUUUUAGAUCAGUCCCAUUCUCAGCUUGGGAGACGCCCACCUGUACUUGCACGUUCUGCUGUGAAUAAGAGUUCAACAUCUAAAUCUCCAUCAGUAAAUCAGACUUCAUCUUUAAAGUCCCGGCCAUCUCAACGGAAAACUGUAAUCAGUAACGGUCACAAACAGUCUGUUAUUGACAGACAAGUUAGGGUGUCAUCGAAGCAGAGACUACAUCCAGGGCUGUUGUCGAGUCAGGAUCGUGCCACUGCUCAUUAUGGUGUAGUAAGCAGUUUGAAAGUGACUGAUGAUGGUUUGUAUCUUCUCAGUGCAGGUUCUGAUUCAAGGUUAAGGUUAUGGGAUAUAGAGUCUGGUUGCAAUACACUAGUGAACUUUGAAACUGGACGCCUUCAAACCACCAAAGCACUACAAAUGGCAAUAUCCGAGGAUUCAACUGUUGUCUUUGUUCCAUGCAUGGCUACCACUAAAGCAUUCAAUUUAUGGUCGGGCAAGGCAAUGAUGAAUUUCCGUGGGCAUUAUGAAAAUGUAAAUUGUUGUUGGUACAAUGCUCAGGACCAGGAACUAUACACUGGAAGUAAUGACAGGAAAAUUCUCGCGUGGUCUCCCCCCAAAACUGUUAUUGAAGAAUCAGAGGGAAAGAUGAAACAGCAAAGUAUGGUCGCUGAUGAAGAUUGUUGGAGUGACUGAGGACUAUUGACCAUCAAUUUACAGGUUUUGCAAGUUUGUGGAAGAACAUGUUUUUUUUUUUUAAAUAUCUUAGCUUGCUUGAAGAAUGAAGAGAACUUUGUGAACAAUUGGAAGCUUUUGUUUCUACUAUGUUGGUGAGGUUAAGAUUUUGGACUGCAUCUUGAAAUCAUGAACAAAACAUGGCCCUUCAGAUCUAUAUUCUCUGUAGCCUUUUUAAGUUUAGGGGUUAUCUA